AUGUUUCAAUCUGUACCACCUUCUACCAAUGAAUUUGAAAUUCAGAAUGAACGAAUAUCAACACGAUUAUACAUUAUUCUUUGUAUUGUUUUAACAAUAGCUCUUGUCGGAUAUAUUUCUCUAAUAAGUAUUACAAAGACUGCCACUGUUAAAGUAUCCACUUUCAAAAAAUAUUCACAAUUAUAUGCUACACAUUCAAAAGCUUUGAUAUGUCCAUGUAAAACAAUAUCCAUCAAUUAUAAGAAGCUUCUUCAUGUCGAAUAUACAUUUCAUCAAGUAUGUAGUAGUAUUUUUGUCACCGACAAGUGGAUAAAUUACACUGAUGGACGUACUUCAAAAGAAAUUGUUGGUGUUGAUGAUUUUCGAUGGAGUGGUAUGAACACAUUUCGUGCUCUCCGUGCAUUUUGUGAAUUAACACACAAAAUAACUUCGGAAGGUUUAACUCAGUUCUUUUCAAAUCAGUAUGUCAGUGCCAUAGUAAUACCUUCGUAUUUAUUUGAAUCACAAAUACAAUUAAUGCUUGAACAAUUCAUUUCUUCAACAACGAAUGAUCUAUUAUCAUCAUUGCAAAUAAUACGCGAUACAAAUCAAGCCAAUGGCUUAUGGGGUAUAGCAGGUAUACAAUACAGUUUACGUCGACAGACUGGUACGGAUUCUUUACAUUUAACAAUUCAUGAUUAUUUUGGUUGUAGUUGUGGCUCUUCAGCGAAAUGCAUUCGACAAGCAACUAUUUACAAUUAUUUUAAUAGAACCACACUAUUUUCAAUACCAGGUCUCUACAUAGGAUGUUAUGCAAUCGAAGCAUUAUUACAAUCAACACUCGAAUGUUUUUACAAUCAAACGUGCAUCCAUGAAUUACAAUCAUUUUUAACACUUCAUCCACGUAUAAAUGUAACAGCUCUUGAUUCAACGUCACCAAGUCGUUUUUUGCAGAAUUCAACAAUACAAGAACUUGUCGACAAGUCAAUGAUUGAAAAAUGGAAUCGAACUAUUAUGCACGAAAGUUAUUUUAAUGCAUGUCAACCAACACAAUGUAUUUAUAGUUAUACAACUAGAAAUGAUAUACUUUAUAUUAUAACUACAGUGCUUGGUCUAACUGGUGGUUUGAUAACAAUUGCGAAGUUUAUAUCACCAUUAUUAGUUAAACUUGUAAGAAGGAAAAAAAGACCAUCAAGCACACAAUCGGGUAAGAUGAUCUAA